UAAAAAGGCCACCCACUUCUCUCACUCGGCCAUCAAGAAGCCCGAAGCCCUUUUCUGAAGUUGCCCUCCAGACGAGAGAAUCCCUAAAAAGGCCCUAUUUUCCUCUGCCACUCUCAAUCCUCCCAGAAAUAUCUGGCAAGAACGUUGGUCGGGGAGCGGAGGUGGGCUGGACUGGACACUGUGGUAAACUCAGAUUCAGUUUGGGCCCAAAAUAACUACGUUUGGCAGCCCAGCCCAAAAUAUCUCAGGAGGGAGGCAGAGCCGCCGCUGUUGCGAGACUUACUUCCGAAUUGAUUCGCGCAACCCACAGCAGAUAGAGAGGGUGCUGGAAAUGGUGAAUAAAGCAUGGAAAAUAAUCCCAAGACCAGUGCUGGAAACAGUGCUCCACAACCACGCGCAGCGCCACCGAGUUCCUCAGCCUCUCAUCGUCCACGGCCCCAGAGGCGUCGGCAAAACCACUCUCGUCCUCGAGCGUCUUCUUCCUGAGUGGAACAAAGGCCCUCACAUCACUGGUUACGUGGACUUGGCUCAAUCAGUCAAAGACCACCACCCAGAUCACAACUCCUCAUAUCCCUGGACGUCAUGGUCCAAUUGCCCACCACCCAGUUUGACAAAUCUCCGGACUCAGCUCGAGCUAUGUCUCGAAUCCAUGGCUGAGAAGGCUGUCCGACUCGGCACCAUUAGCUCCCAACAAAUCUUCACCACUUUGAACAAAUGGCACAGUCUCAACACCGCACUUCGCCGUAUUAUUGAAAGUAAUAAGAGCUCGAGCAAUGCGGUUUCCGAUAAGGUUUCCACUUCUGCUUUGUGGGAUCGGGCUCUUUUCGCUCUAUCUGCUCGAUGGAAUGCCGCUGAGAUUGAUAGGGUUAUGGGAUUGGGAGAGAAGGGGAAGGCCGUGUCAAUGGAAGAGGCUUCGUAUUUUAGGGAAGCGAUGGUGGGGUUGAGGUUAGCGAAGGAGGUUAUUAAGGUUCAGCAAGGGUGGCGAGCCAAUGCUGUGGCUCACUUGAAUCGGUCUGGUGGUUAUUCGAGGUCCUUAGCCAAUUCUGCUACUGAUUGGCCUUGUUUGUUGUUGGAACUAUUAUCACAGGCAGCGGAGAUUGGGUUUUUUCAGCCGAAGCUGAUAAUUAACAAUAUUGAUGUUCUUCGCCAUGCAAUUUUAACGGAUGAUUCAACAGUGUGUGCAUCGAUGUAUCAUGACAGCUUGCUGUGGAGAAUAAUAGCUUUGGGUGUGAAUGAGAGGUGUUUGCCUGUUGUGCUUGUAACUUCAGAUAGCUACUAUUCAUACCAAGCCUAUUUGGAUUUUGGAUUUCCAGACAUAUUCAUCUCUCGUGAGACCUUUGGAUGGACUCCACAAGAAGCUACACUGCAUAUGGUCACAGAUUAUUUCAGUCAUUCUGAGUUGGCAGUGAUAGCUGAUGUUCUUGGGCCAAACCCUCGGCAUCUAUUUGAGCUUUAUGCACUUAAACAGAGCAAUUAUUAUCAAAAGGUCAUGGAAGACAGUGGUAGUACAUUUGAGGACAUCAUAGAUGCAUAUUUGUCAUAUUUGCAAAUUACUGUGGUGAAUCCUGCCAUGGAUAAAGCAUUGAAACUCCUGGAAAAGUUUGCUGUUGAUGCACGAAGUGGAAGGAUUCCAGAAGAUAGAUUACGUUUUGGUGCUCCUUGGAGACACCCUCCACGUAUAGACAACCCUACUUUGUGCUCGGAGUGGACGAAGCUUCAAUUAAUUGAUUUUGUUCAAUCUCUAGUAAAUGCGGAGUUUGGGUUCAAUUAUCUAGCCGACUGUAGCCUUGAGAUCCUUGAUGAUCCUUCUGCUGUUGCAUUGGUAGAGGUUGGUUUGCUGUAUGCUCAACGGGAUCCAUCCUUCAUUCGCCCCAUAUCCCUGGGUAUUCAGAGGUGUCUUGUGAGAUGGCUUGUCCAGGAGAGGAUGCAGAUGAGCUUCCAACAGUCGUUCUGGUAUCUCUGGCACCGAAUCAUUCGCGGCCGUAGUUAUCGCCAUUUGCUGCUACAAAAGGGCUAUAAUUAUAGAUAGAGAGUAAGAGUUUGGAAAAUAUUCUAAAUAAUUUAAUAGUAGUAAAAUUAUUUUUCCUGGAGCAAUGAAUUUAGUUUACUGAUCCGACUACACGGGACAAUAUAACUUGCUGCGAUAUUAGAUGGGAGCCUAGGGUUGUGUGGAUUAGAUUCAAACCUGUGGUUAACCUGAAGCAGCAUUAGGCAUUGGUAGCGCAUGUGUCAGAUGUUCAAUGUAGUGCAAAUUUAAAUUAAUUUUAGAUUUAGUUCUUAUUUGGGUUGGUAAUUAUAGAGAAAAUGGGGCAUGAUAGCUUUGACGGGUUUUGGGAGGCAGUUUUGCAAAGGACUUCAGCUACUACUCCCUUAUUUAAUCUCAUUAAUUUCUUAGUUAAAAUUUCAUCUAUAUUAUGGCCAACUUAAGUUCCAUCGUUGGAUAAGAUUAUUUUGUGUUGCCUUUCAGGUGACUUUUUGGCAAGGCUUAUUCAUUUAGUGAUGCAGGCAUUUUUCUUGUGCGUCGCACAAGAUGUAAGUAGUUGAAAAUAUUCAUUUAGCUUUUCUAAUGUAGAUCAGUUCCAAGAUUUUCCUUGAUUUCUAUUGUCCACUUUAUCCCAUUGACUCCUCUGACCAAUUGAAAUGUUGAAGCCUUCUAUCAUAAAUUGUAAGUAAUUAAAUAUUUAACCCACAACUCGGGAUCAGACCUAUAUUGCAAAGAUUCUUAAAAGUAAAAAUAUAAAAAAGACUUAUAUUUCUCCUUCAUUUUAUAAUAAAAUAUAAGUCUAUAUUUAUAUAUGUAUGCAUGUAUGUUGCAUAACGUCCAGCUUUAGCUGUCAUUCCUGUGUCAUUCCAUUUGAAAUUGUGCUGUAGAAUGGUAUAAAUUUUCCAGCAGCUCUACAUUCUUCUGCUAAAUUUUGAAUAGGUUACUUAUCUUUCUUUCUGUCAGUCUCUUCAGUGUGCAGACAAUGUGGGGAGCAGCCAAGGCUGAUUCUCAUGAAAUUGAUAUACUGUAAGCCUCACCUUGUCCUUCUGCAUAUAUUUUUUAUACUCUGCACUAUGAUUGUUAAUGGAAAUUCAUCAUGCAUCUGUUGUUUCAAGCUAAGCUAAAAGACAGUUCCAGACUUGGGAAUUUAUUAGUUGUGUAACAUUUUAAUAGUUUGUUAUUAUUUUCAUUUGUGAAGCUGAUGAUAUAGCUAACUGUUGUAGUUUUGUUAUUUUGAAAAUUGAGUUCAGUGAAACAAUGCAUGACUUCUUAAGCUGAUGAAUUCAAUUCUUUGUUUUCAGUGAAUACUCUUUAAUCAACUUGGAUGUAACAUCAGUUUCUGCUUUUGUAGGCCAUACUGAAGCAAUUUACUAGUUUUAAGUAGUAUUGAAGAUUCAAAGCUUGAAGGCUGUACUAAACAACAUAUUCUUUGGCAUUCCAAGAUGACUCUUGGCAUGUCCUGAGGUGAGUUUUAGUUGUCACCAUCCUCGUGAAUUGAUCGAGGACCUCACUCAUAAGGAUUCAUAGGAAGUUUUCUGCUUCUUAUCAUACUAACAGUUUCAAUCAGCGAUUAGAUUUUAAAGGGAGAAAAAAAGGAUAAAAUAAAAAGAAAAGAUGGAAAGAUGGAACACAUGCUUUCUUCUUAGAGAUCAUUGCUUUAUAGCUAUUGCUAUAUAGAUAUAUCAGCUACUAGAUUAUACUAUUAAUUUGAGUAAUGGUUGUUGAUUCAAA